UCAUUGGGAGAAGACCAACAUGGCCGCAUGUUAGUCUCUGCUUUUCUUUACUGUUUGCCAAUGUUUUGAAAGGUUUUAAAGUAAGUUAGGAAACCAUCUUUUUCAUCUCAACCACGAAAAUAAAUUUUCUGAGAGGGUUGAAGUGAAACAGAAUCGUGAAUAGUUAUCACCUAUUGCAGUUAAUUCAGAACGCAAUGUUGCAUCACCAGCAUUCAAUGGCGAUGCCGGCUAACCAGCAUAGAGAUGCUAGGUUGGGCCAAGUCCCUAUGAGAAUUCAGCAACAGCAGAGUCUGCCACAACAGACGCAGCAGCGACAACCCAUUUUAAUGGGUAUCCAGCCCCAGGCGAGCAGCCCUGGAACGUGCCAGUUGCAUGCAAAGCCGUUAUUGCUGGCACUUGUAAUAAUCCUGUGUGUGGGUCAGGCACACAGUUGGAAUGUAUUUACAAUAGAUGACUUGGAUUACUUAUUUGCCGCAAAUGGAUGUGUUGAAGGUGUGUUGGUGUCUAUGCCAACUGCUCCUGUGGUGGCAGCAACUGCCCCAAUAACUCAACAGACAAAUAGCAAUAACAAGAAUGGUGUGUCAGGUAUAGCAUCACCAUUGCUAGGAGUAACAGCAAGUGAAGGUGAAAUAGCUGCCACUCAAGGCCAUCAGAGACAGCAGCUGCAACAGCAAACAGCAACACAACUGAAUGGCGCAACCACAGUUAAUAAUGCAAACAACAUUACUACCACUUUGGCAAACACAAAAGAGAAAACUCCCAUGUGUCUUGUCAAUGAGCUUGCAAGAUUCAAUAAGAUCCAACAUCAGUACCGCCUUACCAAUGAACAGGGACCAGCACACAAGAAGCGGUUCACAGUCACAUUGAAAUUAGGUGAUGAGGAGUAUUCAGCUGAAGGGGCAAGUAUCAAGAAGGCUCAGCACUCAGCAGCCAGUGAGGCACUGGGGCACACACAGUACAAACAUCCUCCACCAAAAACACAACGAAAUAUUCGAUUGGGAAAAAGAAUAUGCAGUGAGCUGAAGAUUUUGUCUUUAUCAGGCAACAUCACACCUACUGUAGAGCUUAAUGCAUUGGCGAUGAAGCGAGGUGAACCAGCUGUAUAUACUUUUAUGGAACCACCACACCAUCAUGGUAAUCACAGUGGGGCACCUCACAAUCCAUACGUGCCCCCACCAGUCCCUCCAGGACAUAAUUUCAAUUACCGUGGCAUGUACAACCAGGUACGUGGAUUUCCAAACUACGACCAAAAUAGGCGCAAUACUGGCUCACGAGGUCCAAUCUACACUCAUUAUGACAAUCCGAGGUAUCAUCAUUAUGGGAAAAGCCCAGGAGGAUUUCAGCCAUCAUUGUUCAUGGUGUCUCUCCGUGUGGGAACUCGCGAUUUCCUUGGUGAAGGUCCAACUGCUCAGGCAGCUCGCCAUGAUGCUGCCUCUAAGGCUCUUCACCAGUUAAAAUCUUUGCCAUUGCCCGAAGACAGUCUGCAACAUUGUGAUGCUGGUAUACAAGAAAAUGGGACUACCUGUGGUUUGGAAAAUGAUCCUAAUGCAGAUCUGAAGUCUCCUAUCUCGCUUGUCCAUGAGAUUGCUUUGAAGCGGAAUCUCCCAGUGAAUUUUGAAGUCGUUAGUGAGAAAGGCCCACCACAUAUGAGAACUUUUGUGACAAAAUGUGCAGUUGGGGACAAAGUGACAAGUGGUGAAGGCAACGGGAAGAAGGUAUCAAAGAAACGAGCAGCAGAAAAAAUGCUGGAAGAGCUUAAGAAGCUACCACCCCAGUCACCCACUAACAUGGCUGCCAGCAUGGCUCGUCUGAAACGCAAGGCCAAUCCAGGAAAGAAAAAGACACGCAAUCUCAUCAAGGUAUAUCAGCAGGAUCAAAAGGCAGAGCCAGAGUAUGGUGAAGAUAUCAACCCUAUCUCUCGGCUGAUCCAGAUCCAGCAGGCUAAGAAAGAGCGUGAGCCUGUUUACUCACUACUCGAAGAGAGGGGAAUGCCUCGACGUAGGGAAUUUGUAAUGGAGGUCUCUAUCGGUCAGCAUUCAUGCACUGGUACAGGGUCCAAUAAGAAGCUGGCUAAGAGAGCUGCAGCAGAGGGGUUGCUGCAAUUAUUAGGUUAUUCUCGUCCAGCAGCCCAGCCUGCUAAACCGUCCAUCAAGACUGGUGAUUCCAACCAGGAUUUGGACAUUAGUAGGAAGGUGACAUUCCUGGAAGAAGAAAAAGUUGUUGAGUUGCCAGCUGGUGGCAGUAGUGGGCGGCAGUUGGUACCAGGUCUCCUGCUUAUGACAGACAAUACUGCAGGGAACUACGUACACACACCUACAAAGAAUACUGGAGUGAAUUUGCAAACAACUGCUGCAAUAGCAAAGGAAUUGCUGAAAGGAGGAAACUCACCAACCGCAGAAGCAUUGGCCAAGUCUGCUUCUGCUAUUGGGAGUCAUAAGAAUUCAGUAGUAACACCAAGCAUGGCCAAACCCUUACUCCAGCAACAGACCUCACAGACACAAAGCAGUCAGGUGGUGCGACCGAAGGAUCAGCUGCUCUACUUGGCCCAGCUGCUUGGCUUCCAAGUUCAGUUCUCAGAUUUUCCAAAGGGAAACCAUAGUGAAUUCCUGAGUUUGGUGUCGCUCUCAACUGACCCACCUCAGGUCUGUCAUGGGGCUGGACAGACAACCGAUGCCUCUCAUGAUCAGGCGGCACUGACAGCUUUGCAUGCCUUGUCAGAGAUGGGCCUUGACUCAGUGGCUGCUUCAGGGAGUGGCAUGAAGAAGGAUGGGCAGCAGGGAUCCCAGGGAGAUGGCCUUCAUCUCACACAGUCCUCAGUCCAGAAGACUGGAAGCAUCUCCCUUGGCAAGUAAAACAUGCGGCCAUAUUGUCUGUCACGAAAAAAAAAUUAAGAAAAAUGAUUGAUACAAAAUUCCUUCUUCCCAAUAUUGUAAAUAUAAUUCUUGAUGAGAAUCCAGGCAGUAAAUUGCUGAACUGUUUUUUUAUUGAGAAAUAUUUACUGAAGACAGACUUUGAACAAAAUGUUACAUUUGGCUAUGGAAUGUAGGAAGGAAUUCUCUGACAUAUGCUUACAUGAACGCAUCUACUUCAGAACUCUACUAUCUGCAAAUCUAAUGAGAGUUUAUAUUCUUUUCUAUUGAGACUAAAUUGGUUGGUCAGUUUGUAAUUACUGGGCAGUAAUCUGACACUGUGCAUUGAUAUACCAAUACCAUAGCUUUCUUCUGUAGGUCAGAAAUUGCACCUUAUUUACCUGUGAAUCAGGAUAUGACGUGAAAUUGAUCAGAAGGUACAGAUGGUUCUUUGCAAAAUCCAUAUCCAUGCACAUUAGUUGGGACUGCUAUGUAGUAUUCAGUUACAUUCCUGUAGUAAUGCCCAUAUGAAAUUGUGAAGGAUAUGGAGUCAUGUCCUUAACUGUACAGAUCAUGGGUAAUGCAUCAAUUGUAUUGUGGUUCUAAACAGGGGCUUUUUGUAGAACUUUGAUGCAAAAUAAUUAAGCAUUAUUCAGAAUCUUAUAUGAAUAUGUUUAAUUAUUUUAUGGUUUAUGUGAAAAAUAAAUGUAUCCAACAAAUAAAAUAAAUUGGAGCCUAGUUCUUGAUUAUUUGCUGUGAAUUGAAUGUUUCCUUGUCCUUAACCAUAUUUGGUUAUAUAAACAGCUGAAUUCUGCAGUAACUGUGUUGUAUAUGCUUUUAUAAGUGAUGAACGUAAUUUCUAGCUCUGAGCUGAUAGCCGUUAAUUUGGGACUCCAUUGCUUUAGGUGGAAAAUUGUAAGAUUUUUUCUAUGCUGAUAAUUUGAUUUCAGGGUUAUUUAUUACUAAAGAAUCAUCCUAAGCAAAGGGAUUAAACGAAGGAAUUUUGUAUCGUUGUUAAUAAAAUACACUUAAAGAGGGAGAGUGAAAUUUUCUUCCCUUUUGCUAAGAAGGUCCAGAGCAGAAGGGGAGAAGAAUUUGAGUUGUUUGCAGCCGGAAUUUAAACCACAAACUUUGGCCGAUUGUUAACGCGUGGAUUGCUGUUGUAUACCAUUAUGAAUUGUAUUUAACACCAGGACAUACAGAAGACUGCUGUUGCAUUGUUGUGAAACUGGUGUGGUUAAUGCAUUUUGUAGCAAAAGCUCAUGGGGCUUUCUACACUUGUUUCUGUUAACCACCAUGUAUCAGUAUGAAUCUGUUGGAGUGCUCAUCAGAUGUGAACUGGGACUAGUUAUGAUGAAUGUAAUGUCACAGUAUGUGGUGAAUUAAUGUUGUUGCUUGCAGCAGGUUUCUGACACUGAUGAUUUGAGUGUUUAACAAUUGAUCGAUCUAACGGACGGUUGAUUCCAGGCUGCGUUUGUUGGAAUCCAAGUUGAAAGAUGAUUGUCGAUUGAUUUCAUUGUUUAAUCUAUGGGGCGUCUAUAAGGAAACAUGUAUGAUUAAGACAAAAUUAAUAUGAUAGCAUUAUUUGUAAACGAGAAUCUUUCCCAGAAUGACAAGUGUACAUAUGUGUAUGGCUUGGAACUGGGCUAUUUCCCUUGCUUGGUUUCCAGUGUUGCCAUGUUAGUGGCAGGUCAUUUCAGUACCUUCUGUAGGAAUAUGAGUUUUAACUGGCACUUGCAGUCCCACUUAAUUGUUGUGUGUAGGAAGUACAAGUGUUGUAUAUAGAAAGCAGUGCUAAGACUGUUCAUUGUCUUCUGUGUCAUAUAGGAGGCAUUGAAAUUAUCCUUAUACUUUGAACUAAAACACUGAGGCCAGGCAACCUCCCCCCAGUCUGUGCCACUUGUAGCUUCCAAGUCUAAUGUAUGUUUAAAAAUCAUUCAUGCUUAUGUUUAGUGUUAAAUAAAUACAUAAUAUUCAGUAUUAAAACAGUAGAAUUAGUAAAUGUAUGUUGUAGUUGUGGAUAUGAUGUGUUCCAAUUCAUUAAUGUCAAUAUUGCUUCAGUGCAUUGAUAUCAUGGUCAAUAAAAGUGAAUCCAGUUACUCUUGUCUUUGCCUUGCUGGCUGCAUGUUAUCAAUAUUGAACAAAUAUUGAUGUUAAUAAGUGAUGCUGUAACUGGUUCUGUGGGAAACUGUUCAUCAUAAACAGUAUUGAGCAAGUAAUUUUUAGGUUGCUAAUUGACAUACAGUUGUAACACUAGAAAAUUUGUAUUUGUGGAAACCAUAUAAUACUCAUCAUCACUAACAUAAUUUUCAAAGGAAGAUUCUGGGAAACAUUUUCCACAGUUUGGUGACAGGUUGCAGGGUAUGGCAAAAUAUAUAGUUUGCCAGUCCCUGUAAAAUUAAUGGUGCACUGAUUCUUGUAUAAAUUUACCAUCCACUUACAGAAAUGUCAAUGAAGUGGUGAAUUUUGAAUUACAGGUAUUUGUCCCUAACAUCACACCUUUCUGUCAGUUGCUAUUUGUGCUCAUACGACAGCACCAAUAAUGCAGGUACCAUGUGUCAUGUGCAUAUGGGACAGUUGUUUUCAAGUGUCUGUUUACUGCAUCCAGAAAGAGAGCUGAUGUUUAUGUACAAAAUACUUGAGUCACUACAGCAAUUUUGACAGCUCAAAAAAUGCUUAAGAAACUCUCCAACUAUUUUGCAUAAGGUGGUGAAAAUGAUAUAUAUUGAUAAUGUUCGACUUGAAAUUCGAAUUGGCUGUAUACUGACAUGACUGAACCUCACAGGGAUGUACAAAAUGGAAUCAGAGCAUCACCAGGUAUGAGCAUUCUACUUAGCUUUUUCAUAUUUGAAGAAGAAGAAAAGGGAAAUGGGGAGGAAAAAAGCUAAUUGGAAUUGGAAUCAUUUACAAACAUGAAUUUCUCUGUGUCUAUUAAUAUAUGAGCUUUUUAAUCGUAGUAUAUUGACUGUGGAGUGCACACACAGUAGAGGUCUGCACUGACCUGGUCCUUUGGGCAUCUGGCCUAAAUCCAGCUUGAGGUAGCCUGAGGGGUCAAUAUAUUGUGCAUAUCAGAUUGAUACCUGAACACCCCCCAUCACCACCACCAAUUUGAGUAGGGCUGAAACACAGUAUUACAUCUGACCACACACUUGUGUUGGACCAUAUUUCAAAAUUGAUUUCAUACAACAGUAAUAACUUGAAACUAUGUUGUUUUGAGUCACUUCAUUUCUUUAUGCAAACAUUACUGUAUAUUUAAAAAAAAACGGUAUGUUUAAAACUACCUUCAUGUAACAAUCUUUAUUACAAUAUGUAUCCUUGUAAUAUUCCCAAAGUGGUCAGAUUGGCGGUCUUUCCUCCAGCCACCCCCACAGAUACAUAUUUGUCAUACAAACUUUGCUAAUGAGAUGGUUAGGUUUUUUUUAUACAGUGUGUACAGAAGCUUGAUUUUCAUUUGAAUAUGCUCCAAGUCAGUCUGUUCAUUAGGUUAUCCCUUGACCCUAGGGCAAAGCCCAUUCUGUGCAGACCUCCUUAACACAUAAUGCCAUGCUUGUGUGUGUGGCUGGAAGAUUGUGAACACACUUUUCUUACUUUAAAUGGGAAAUGUGCUUUUCUGUAUCUAAUAUAAACUAGUUUUAAAACAUUGCUAUAUGUAGCCAAUCCUCAGUUUAAAGCAAAGGUUCCUUGUGUGUAUAUGUUGGCAGUUCCUUGAUAAAAUCUGUUUGGAAUGUUUAAAGAGAUUAACUGAAAACUACUAUUAUAAGGUAGAGAAAUAUUGAUGGAUUUUAUCUAAUUUCCUACCACUUUAAUAAGAAAGGGAUAUAUUUCUUGAGUUCUGGAAAGUAGGUGCCAACAUGUUUAACACAGUCACAGAAAGUGUGGCAUAUAUGGUUGGCAUAGUUUUGUUGCAGCAUGUAAUAAGCAGUUGGGCUGGCCAGCUUUUGUGGACAUUUUGUUUUCAAUAACUUUCAACCUUAUAUAAUUUAGUAGCAUUCAUCAAAUGGAUUAAGGAGGCAAGUGACCUAACAGAAUCACAUUCUGAAGCCUGUAAUCUAGCCUCAAUGAAAUCCAUUCUUUGUGUGUUAUCUGUAAGGUAUGAUUAAUUUAGGGUGCUCUUGCUUUUAAUAAAUAGUUGUCAUUAUUCUAAUAACUGGAAUGAUUAUGAGCAUUUAUUCAUUUAUUAACAUAGCUAUUAUGUAAAAUAGUACUGUUGUGACUUGUUUUGUUAGUUCUGAAAAUAUGUUUCAAUGCCAAGUUGUACAUUCACUGUCAUUUUAACAAGGACAUAUGCAAAUUUGUGUUUUUUCUCCAGAUGUGUCAGUUUGACACACUCAAACUGGGGUUUGGUCAGUUAUAUUGGUAGCAUGAAAAUUACAUUUCUUGAGGAAAAGGAAGGAAACUGGUGUAAAGUUUUUUCUCAUAUUGAGGUAACUUAAUUUGUGAUUUAAUACUGCUUCUUAUGACCCAAAAAUAUGACAUUGCUUUCUAAUUAUAACCAUUCCUGUGCUUUUCCUUCAGGGCUUUGCCUCAUACUAUGUAUUCA